GAUGUUGGGUCAGACUAGCCUGCUCAAAACACACAAUCCAAUCUUCUUUCUUAUCUGUAUUGUUACUCUACUCAAGGCGCUGGACUUAGGCCUUCGUAUCAACACAGGUAAUCGACGGGGGCCAAUGCUAUAUGUGUGUUAGGAUCGAGAAAGAAUGCAAUAAAUAAUCAAUAUCUUCUCAUAUUCCGUCUUCAUGUACUGCGUGUAGCAUUAUGGCAUUUUAAAGUGUUGUUCAUUACUCAUUGAAGCAAACUUGGUCCCGCUAUAUUGUCAUCAGUUCUCCAUCCUUUUAUAUUUCUGUUUUAUCAAGAAGGAAUCAUGCAUGGAGCUUUACAGAUAGUGAUAUUAUAUUAAACCAUUCUAACAAAUGUUCACAUGUUGGACUAAUAGACGUGGAUUCUUCUAGAUUGAACACAGACCAGGGCCUCAUGAGGAUGAUACGGGGAAGGUUUAUGCGUCGAUGGGGUGUGAUGACUCUCAUCAUGGUUUGCUUUGUCUACAUGGCAGUAUACCUUUCAACAAGCCAGACAUUUGAUGUAAGCAUCAGCUUGGAAAAGCCACACAAAAACAUCCCACCUCCUUUUCCAUGGGAACAGCCAGACCACGCUCCAGCAGAUGGAGCAGCGGGACAAUUUUCUAAUCGGGCAAUUCGUGAGCAUCAUGACUCCCUUCAAAAUCUCACCGAGAAGCCAAAGGCGGAGACCGUUGAUCAGAAAUCUGAAAAAGAUGACAAUGAGAUGAAGGAAAAAGCGAAUGAAAAUAAUAACACCAUAGAUCAGUUCAUGUCAAUACAAAGUGAAAUCAACAGAUUGAGAGGAGAGAUGACAGAUCAAAGCUGUGCCAAGUAUCCUGAAUUGAUUCGAGGCGCUAUCACAGACAAUACAUAUCGCCAUAUAUACGUUAAUGACAAACAUAAUCUUCUCUAUUGUUUCGUCCCUAAAGUUGGCUGUAGCAAUUGGAAGAGGGUGAUGAUGAUACUGAAUGGGAGCAAGAAAAAGUUAAGCGAGAUUUCAUCUGAUGAAGUCCACUUUAACAACGGCAUGAAGCGCCUUGCUGGAUUCACACCCCGAGAUCGACAACAUAAAUUGGAAACAUACAAGAAGUUCAUUUACGUGCGCAAUCCAUUCGUGCGUUUGCUAUCAGCAUUCAACAAUAAAUAUGGGAAUAUUAUUCAGUACCGAAAGGAUAAAUACUUCCAGGGAUUUGCAAAAACCAUCAUGAAGCAAUUCAGACCGCAUGCAACAUCGAGAGAGCUGAGAACGGGUGAAAAUAUAACUUGGACAGAAUUUGUAAAAUUUUUGACUCAACCUAAGCGGCCAUUCUUUGACGACCAUUGGGAAGAAAUGUUCAAAAUAUGUGCACCGUGUAAGAUUAAAUACGAUUACGUGGGAAAUCUAGAAACUGUCGUAGAUGACGCAAAAUACAUGCUAACCGAUUUGCAGUUAGACUCAUUUGUUGACUAUCCGUCAAAAAGUAAUAGUCACCCCACAAACAGCACUGAAACGUUUGAAAAAGCUUUCCGAAUCUUGCCAAAGGACAGUUUACAAAAACUGUGGAAGAUUUAUGAAAAGGACUUUGAAAUAUUCGGCUUCCCGAAACCAAAAUUCAUCGAAGAACUUUGAACUGAAAAUAAAUGAGAUAAAAAAAUGUAUGAAACUUAAAUCGAUAGCAUUGGUGAUAAUGAUGUAAUGUAUUUCCUGCGUUGUGUACUUCGUUACCAAUUUACUGGUACAAGUAUAAUUCAACACCAAAAAUCAUAUCUUGAGCCUUCGAACCUGUCAAUUAUAAUCUUAUCGAUGAGUGGAUUGGUGCUGAUUAGAGAGUGGGAGUCAUGUGCCCUCUAUGUUAGCUCUGGAAAAGAAAACUUCCAAACACCAAGGUCCAAUCUGGACUAGGUGAGCAAGUGUUCUGGUAUCUGCUUAUACGUGACCAUUAUGUAUGACCUAGGCCCACUAGCAUACCUAUACGGGGGGGGGGGUGGCAGACUGCCCCCCACUGACGAGUCACAACUCAUGCAGGGGACGUAUGCCUGCCCCCCCCUGACGAGUCACAACUGAUACAGGGGACGUGCCCCCCUUUUGAGAAGCCAAAUUAAUAAUUUCUAAUGUAAAAAUGCAAUAAAAACAGACGUGUACCCCCUCUUUUGAACCUGAAGACCUUUUUUUUUUGCUUGUCAAAUUUUUUUUGUGGUAAGAAAUCCUUUAUUUGUGGUUGAAGACCUUUUUUUUUUUUUUCCUUGUCAAAUUUUUUCGCGGACGAAAUAUCCUCCAAAAAAUGUGCCCCCCUUCUGGGAAAUCCUAGGUACGUCAGUGCCUAGGCCCCGUCUUACUAAGAGUUACGGUUGAUCCAAUCAAUCGUAACUCUAUGGAAAUCCAUCAGUGUCAUAUUUUUUUCUGCAGGAAAUUUGCAAAAUGUUCUUUGUUAACAAAGGAAAACAAACCAAAUUGUCAAGAAAUCAAUGAAUUUAUGGGUAUACACUCAUUCAUAUGUAGAUAAAAUUUUUGAGCAAACAUGCAUUUUAUAUGUUGACUUUGCUGGCUUUCCAUAGUUGCAAUUGAUCGGACCAAUCGUAACUCUUUGUAAGACGGGCCCCUGUUCUCAUUAAAAAAAACUACUUUGGUAGCAAAAAUUAUGACUUCUUCUAUGACAGGAUAUACUUAGUGGUAGCGAGAUCCAAAGGUUUUUUCUACUCAUCCUGUCCAUGGGACAUCUGAUAAGUUUUCUCGUUCUAGAAAGCUAGCUUUACUGGUUUUAUAUAUUUCAUUUAAUUUCAUUGGAAUGCUAAUUAUCUGCUCAUUUGAAUAAAUUAGCAUAGUUUUGCAUGGAAAUGUGAUGUGAUUUUCAAUAACAUGUUAUGUGAAGAACAUGAACUUAUUGAUCUGAUAAAGAUAGAAAAAAAGUUCCGCCCUUAUUAAGGCAAUUUAUUAUUUGGUUAUCGCAUACUGCUUUGUGCAUGAAUUGUUACUCAUUUACAUAAAUUAACAUAUUUAGGCACCAAGUUGUGAUUUUCAAUAGUAUUUUCUGCCUUUGGAGUAUUUGAUCAGAUAAAGAUAUGGGUAUUCUUUACAUUUACCAUUGGAAUGCUGAUUUACAUGAAUGCAUAGAUUACUGUUCAUGUACGGGAAUUAACAUUUUAUGUUAUAGAUUAAAACAAAUUCUCAGAGGAAUUUCAAAGGUAUUGAACUGACAAAGAUUAUACAAAAAAAAUGAAAACCCUGUUUUGCAAUGUUAUAUUGUUAUUUACAUUGAAAUAUUGAUUUAUACGGAAAUAACUAGUAAUUUACAUAUAAUGGCAUAUUUCUGCUUGAAGAUUUGAUUUUCAAUAUUAUUUCCUGUAAGAAAUCUCUGAAAGAAAUAUACAAAAGGCUUCACACUACUAUAUUGUUUAUUACACUGAUAUAUUAAUUCAUGCCUAAAUUACUAGCAAUUUACAUAUAUUGGUAUAUUUCUGCAUAAAGAUUUGAUUUUCAAUAUAAUGUUCUGUGAGGAAAUUUGAAGGGGGAUUGAUCUGGCAGAGAUGUAUAAAACGUUUUAUAUUUAUAAAUAACGUGUUAUUUUAUAUUUUUAUCCCAUUGGAAUACCGCUUUAUGCAUGAAUUAGCAUUUUUGCAUGAAGAUGAAUAAAUAAUGAAAAAACAAUA